UGCUCGAGGGGCCGGUUAACCUCACUUCCAUGCUGGUCAAGUGUAUCGUAAAUAAACUGAGAAUUCCACUCCGAAAAAUGAGUAUUUUCACUCAGAGUUUUGAUCCUAUUACCGGAUGUGCAAUAUGGGAGGAAAAGGACCCGGAUUACGAUUACCAUCAAGAAGUAGCACGAUCAGCGUUUGCUGACAUGCUCCACGAUCAUGAGAGAAAUCAAAAGUACUACGACGCCCUGCAAAUCGCGAUAGAAACAAAGCUCAGACAGGGCCAGCAGGCGCACGUCCUGGAUAUAGGAACAGGUACAGGCCUCCUCUCGAUGAUGGCAGCCAGGUGUGGAGCAGACUCCAUAACCGCUUGUGAGGCCUUCAAACCGAUGGCCAAGUGCGCCCUCGAGAUAAUAAAGCACAACGGUUUCGACUCCAAGAUCACCCUCAUAAAGAAACGCUCCACCGAGAUGACAGUGGGGGAGACAGGGGACAUGAGGCAUCGAGCCAACAUCCUCGUGACCGAGGUCUUCGACACAGAACUCAUCGGAGAAGGUGCUCUCCAGACGUUCGCCCACGCCCAGGAGCACCUCCUGGAGGAAGACAGCAUCGUAAUCCCCUCGAGGAGCACCGUCUACGUCCAGAUAAUCCAGAGUGACCUGGUGGACUCCUGGCACAGGAUAUCCCCGAUAAAACACCCAAAGACCUCAAAAACCCUCUUGAACCCCCCGAAGUCCAUUCAGAAGUGUCCAGGGUCCCUCGCAGUACACGAUCUCCAGCUGUCCCAGCUCCCCAGAGCCUCGUUCACACCAUUAUCCCCCGUUCUGCCCCUCUUCCACUUCGACUGGACUGGAAGGACCCCUCUGGUCUUUAACGAGACCUCGGAAGUGGUCUUCAAGGGGAUUUCCGGAGGGAAAGCCUCUGGGGUCUUCAUGUGGUGGGACAUUGUCAUGGAUACCAAUGAGGAAAUCGUCCUGAGUUGUGCACCUGUCUGGGAACAUCCAGAUGCGAUGGUUAGGGGGUCUGAUAGCACCUCGAUGUCUGAAGCUGUUGAUGGGAUCCCCUGGAGGGACCACUGGAUGCAGGCAGUGUACUACCUCCCAGAGGAAGUGGAAAUUGAGGAGAGCGAGGAGUGCAGGUUGAUGGGGUGUCACGACGAGUAUUCCUUCUGGUUCAAGUUGACUCGAGGGGAAGCUGAAGCCCCUGAACCCCCCGCCUGUGAGUGCUCAGUGCACAUCGCCUACCCCAGGACGAGGCUAGGACAAUUGAAUGAUAAAUCGAGGAAUGAGAAGUACCUGAGGGCCUUGGAGAGGUCCAUCACGCCUGACACAACGUGUUUAUGCUUUUCUGAUGGCUCUCUGCUGGGUCUGGCUGCUGCCAAGCUUGGAGCCAAGGAGGUGGUCAUUCUGGAGCCCAAUCAUAUGUCGAGGAGGGCUUUGGAGAGCUUCGUCAGGGGGAAUGAGCUUGAGGGAAGGGUCAGGAUCCUCCAGGGGGUCGAGGAGAUGCCGGAGGGAGUGCAGGAUCUCGUCUUUGGUGAACCUUAUUAUGCCAACUCUAUUUUUCCCUGGGAUAACCUACGGUUCUGGUAUCUGGCCUCACAUUUUGCUCCUGGGGUGAAGGCUCUCCCCUGCGCUGCCAGGGUUAGAGGGGUCCCAGUGGAGUUCAAGGAUCUGCAUAAGAUCAGGGCUCCUGUAGGGAUCUGCGAGGGGUUUGAUCUUAGGAUUUUUGAUGAAUUGGUGAUGGCAUCCAGUGAAAUUAGUGACGAUCCUGUUGAAGUCCAUCCACUCUGGGAAUAUCCUGGAAGAGCACUGAGUUCUCCAUUCGAUCUAGCAGCAUUCGAUUUCAACGAGAGAUUCGACGAAAAUUGCGAGCAGAGUUUUAAUGGAAAAAUUCCGAUAAUCGAGAGUGGAUCAUGCAAUGGAAUAGCUCUGUGGGUGGACUGGCAUCUGGACCCUGAAACGAUAGUUUCCACUGGUCCAACGACAGAAGUCACCCCUGGCCAGAGGAUAUCCUGGGACAUGAACACACGACAGGGAGUCUUCCUGCUCCGGAAAAUCGAGGACGUGACGAGCAGUCACGUCCUCACCUGGUCCCUCAAGUAUCAACUCAAGAGGGACAGAAAUUUUGUGUUCAAUUUUAAUGUAGAACUCCAGUAAUUCCAGAAGACUACUAAUUCAAUUCGCAAUUAUGUUCGAAUGAAAUUGGCUGUCUGCUGUCGCCAGACAAAAAUAUAUUUAAGAGACAAUGUACAAUGGAUGAAGUAACUUAACAUUAGGUUAUUAAAGUAUUGUUUCUACGAAGGUAAUUGUGGAUUCAUUCGUAAUUGUUUGGCUAGUCGUUUUCCUAUUAAUUUUGGAUAUGUCUUUUGUUUUAUUAGGUACUCUUUGCUCUGGUGGGUGACAGCACCGUUGUCCAAUUGAAAUCUGGAAUUAUAAUUAUUCCAUGCAUUAUUAUCAGCAUUUUAAACUGCAUUAUUUGACUAUUUUUUUAAAUUAUUAUCAUUACAUUAAUUUUGGAUAAUUUUUCAUUUCCAAUUUUCUCAUUUUGCCAUUUUUUUCAUCCAUUCUAUCAAAAGCAGGGAUUAAAAUCGAAUUUAUAGGUAUUCUUUCGUAAUUUAGAAGAAUAAAUAAAUUUGAAAAUGUAAAAAAUCGAUUAUUUAAGUGAUUUGACAGUGAAGCAAUGGAACAGAAUGUGUUAAAUUCCCUCUUGAACAUAUGUUUUAAUUUCUAAAAAUAUUUCUGAAAUGAAAGUGUUUAAUGACGUUGUGGCAAUAAAAAUUUAAAAUGCAAAUUAA